GCUAGCGAAGGACAAGCACUCGGUGGUGUUGCUUCACUCGUGAGAAAGCUCCUUCGGGACGUUGUUGUGGUGGACAAUGUUUACAUCGAAAGGCGUGUUUAAUAACUCUGUUGAAAUGUUUUCUGCAGUUUUGUUACUGAUCCUUGGCUUGCAUGGAGGAGCCUCAGCCAUGACAUGCAGCAGGGAGGGUUUUUUUGGUCAAACAGAAUAUAUGACCUGCCCCCAGAAAGAAGGCUCACCUAAUGAGUAUUGUUGUGGUACAAAGGAAAAUCGAUAUUGCUGUGACACACCGUUUGGAAUUGAUGAAGAAAUUCUGAAAGAAUUUGCUAACAGACUUCCUGUGAUCCUUGGCGUCAUUGGAGUUCUCAUCUUCGGUCUGAUUGUGCUGUGCAUUGUCUGCUGCUGCUGCUGCCCCUUCUGCCUCCUCCACAAGCGCCGAAACCGUGGGGCUGUUCAUCAACCAGGAAAUGCUGAAGCUUCUGGGAUGCUGCAGCCUGCACCUCAGGGAUAUCCACAGCAGCAGGGAUAUCUACCACAACAAGGAUACCCUAUGCAGCCAACUUACCCAACACAACAGGGUUACCCGCCACAGCAAGGAUAUCCACCGCAGCAAGGCUACCCUCCACAGCAGGGAUACCCACCUCAACAGCCAUAUCCAGCACAGCCAAGUUACCCAGCUGACCAGCCACCUCCCUACUCAGAGAAGCAGCUAGCAUAUAACCCUAAUUACCAACAGUGAUAUUCUUCAGCAGCAAGAGACAACAUGAUCUGUGUGUUCCAAACUGUUCUCUACAAUUAUUCUUUGUAUCUGUGUUGUAUUGCAUACUGAAUAUUAGAUGUGUAAUCUCCAUGUCAAGUGUACUGUUUGCUGUUAGCUCCUAUAGCAAUAUGACUGUCAGUAAUUAGAUUUUUUGAUAUUUAGAAUGAAUUACUUUUAUUAAUGAGAGUCCUAAUAUCAAAUUUACAGUAAAAAUCUCUGUGAUUGUAUAAAGCUUUAGCAUUAGAAAAUAAGGGGAAUAUUUUAUUGCUUUUACUUAGGAUCAGACAAAAAAAAUUGGGACUUUUUUUUAACAUACUGCAAGCAGAUUGACACUAAAGGGAAGAAUAGGCUGGAGGUAGUACUAU